UCCAGAGAGGCCCAUGACCGGGCCACAGGGACACUGGGGCUGGAAACAAAAGCCACUGGACUCCAGCCCCACUAGGCACAGCACAGGCAGAAGGGGUGAUGAGCUCAAGGCGAGUGGUGGUGGAUGUGCCCUCUGGCGCCAGCAUGCCCCUCCAGAGGCACAGGGUGUCCUUUAGGGGCACAUGCUCAUCAACCUCCCUGGAUGGUUCCCCCACCUCCGGGACCAAUGCCAUGGGUGGCCUCAUCCGAGCACCCAGGGUCUAUGUAGGGAUGGCCCCCAGUGGGUAUGCAGGUGGCCUGGGUGCCCGCGUGACCCGCCGAGCUCUGGGCAUCAGCAGUGUCUUUCUGCAGGGGCUGCGGAGCUCAGGCCCGGCAACAGCACCUGCCCCAGGCCUGGAGAGGGACUUGGACACCGUUGAAGACCUGGGGGGCUGUUGGGUGGAAUACAUGGCCAAGGUGCAUGCCCUGGAGCAAGUCAGCCAGGAGCUGGAGGCACAGCUGCGCACGCACCUGGAGAGCAAGGCUGGGCGCUCGGAGAGCUGGGGCACCCUCAGGGCCGCCUGGGCCAGCAGCUGCCAGCAGGUGGGCGAGGCCGUCCUGGAAAACGCCCGGCUCGUGCUGCAGACAGAGAACAUCCAGGCAGGUGCGGACGACUUUAAAGAGAGGUAUGAAAAUGAGCAGCCAUUUCGAAAGGCAGUAGAAGAGGAAAUUAACUCUUUAUAUGAAGUCAUCGAUGAAGCUAAUUUGACAAAAAUGGAUCUGGAAAGUCAAAUAAAAAGCCUGAAAGAAGAACUUGGCUUUCUGUCAAGGAGCUACGAAGAGGACGUGAAAGUGCUGUUUGAGCAGCUGGCAGGGUCUGAGCUGGAACGAGUGGACGUCCCCACUGGCGCUGGUCUGGACGACAUCCUGGAGACGAUCAGAAUUCACUGGGAGAGAGACGUGGAAAAGAACCGGAUGGAAGCAGGAGCCUUGCUCCCAGCCAAGGUGAGAGGCAGAGUGGCCCGCGGGGCCCAGACCCAGGAGGAGAAGCGGGCUGCUGCCCUCAGGGUGGAGUUACACAACACCUCGUGCCAGGUGCAGAGCCUCCAGGCUGAGACGGAAUCCUUGCGGGCCCUGAAACGAGGCCUGGAGAACACCUUGCAGGAUGCCAAGCACUGGCAUGACAUGGAGCUGCAGAACCUGGGCGCGGUGGUCAGCGGGCUGGAGGCGGAGCUGCGGGAGGUGCGCGCGGAGGCCGAGCAGCAGCUGCAGGAGCGUGAACAUCUGCUGGCCCGCCGGUCCCAGCUGCAGCGGGACGUGGCAUCCUACCACGCCCUGCUGGACCUGGAGGAGAGCCGCUAGUGGCGAAGCUUCUUUUCAUGAAGAAAAUGCUGCCUUCUCCCCGAGUGGCCAAUGAAGUUCCUUGAGGAGUUCCCAUGCUCCCCAUCCCACCUACCCCAAACAUCCCACCCAUCCCCUUCCUACCCUGAACUAGUUUCCCUGCUGGAUUCUCUGACUGAUUCAGCUUGAGCUGAAAAGCUUCCUGGAGGUGGAGAGGGUCCUUCGGCCUUCAACUGAAGUAGUCUGUAGCUUGGGCAACCUCCGUGUCCCUCUCCCAAUAAAUGUUUUGUGUGCGGCUUCCA